AUGACCCUUUUGACAAUGGCAGUUUCAGUCCCUGGCCUGAAGCCUCCAUCCUGCGGCGGGAGCGUGAAAGAAGAUGAAUGUCCAUUGAGGGCGUCGGCUGUUCAGAAGGGGGUUUAUUACACAGCUCUGUAUAUAAUUGCAGUUGGAACAGGCGGGACCAAGCCCAACAUUUCCACCAUAGGAGCAGACCAGUUUGAUGAAUUCGAACCCAAGGAGAAGAAGAGCAAGCUGUCUUUCUUCAACUGGUGGAUGUUCAGCAUAUUCUUUGGCACCUUGUUCUCAAACACCUUCCUGGUCUACAUCCAAGACAAUGUGAAUUGGAGCAUCGGAUAUGCCAUUCCGACGGUGGGUCUUGCCAUCUCGAUCGCUGUGUUUCUGACCGGGACCCCAUUCUACAGGCACAGGUUGCCUGCAGGCAGCCCUUUCACCAAGAUGGCACAGGUGUUUGUGGCUGCACUCAGGAAGUGGAAUACCACUGUGCCAAAUGACUCAACCGAGUUGCACGAACUCAGGUUGGAUGAGUACUCAAGAUCAGGAAAUUUCCCAGUCCACCAUACUACUCCUCUGAGCUUCCUUGACAAAGCAGCAGUGAAAGACAAGUCAAGUUCACCAUGGAUGGUGUGUCCUGUAACUCAAGUGGAAGAAACCAAGCAGAUGAUCCAGCUGCUCCCAAUCUUCACAGCCACAAUCGUUCCCAGCAUCGUCAUCGCGCAGAUACACACCUUGUUCAUCCAGCAAGGCACCACAUUGGACAGAAAAGUCGGCCCGAAUUUCAGCAUCCCACCAGCCUGCCUCACAGUGUUCGUCACCCUAUCGAUGCUCAUCUCCCUGGCCGCCUACGACCGGAUCCUCGUGCCAGCAGCCAGGCGAUACACCGGGAACCCGAGAGGGAUCAGCAUCCUGCAGAGGAUGGGGGUCGGCCUCUUCCUGCAGACAAUCACCGUGGCAGUGGCUUCCCUGGCAGAGACGAGGAGGCUCAACGUCAUAGCACAACACAACAUCACGGGGAAACAGGACACGGUGCCUCUCACGAUCUUCGUCCUCCUGCCCCAAUUCGUGCUCAUGGGGAUCGCGGAUGCGUUCGUGGAAGUGGCCCGGAUCGAGUUCUUCUACGACCAGGCGCCCCAAGGGAUGAAGAGCCUUGGGACAUCCUACUUCACCACGGGCUUGGGGAUUGGAUACUUCAUGAGCAGCGUUUUCCUGAGAACUGUGGCUGGUGUCUCCAGCAGGCAUGCCAGGAGAGGGUGGAUCCUGGACAAUUUGAACCUCUCCCAUUUGGACUACUACUACGCACUCUUGGUGAUCUUGAGCGUUGUCAACCUGCUCUACUUUCUUCUUGUUUCCAAGUUGUACGUGUACAACGCGGCCAUAAGAAGCAACAAGAAGGAGGAGGUUGAUGAUGAUGAUGAUGCCAGUGAGGAGGAGUCACUGCAGUGCAAGUGAGGAGGUAGCCUUUCAAUUGUUGUAUCUUUGAAGGAUCAAACACCAACAUCAAACAUGUAUUGUUUUUAUGUAAGCAGGAAUGGAGAAGGAAAUGGAGGGAGAGAAGUUUCCU